GGCUUACACAGGUACCCUUACCCGUGACCCGCACGGGUGACCCAUAGUACCCCUGCGGAUCCCUACCGGCAUCUGUCAAAUUUCAAACUCCUCACUUCGCGAGACCGACGAGUCUGACUACGUCAAAUAUUUCACAUCUCAAAGACGUAGUCCAGACUGGUUAUCGUCGAGUCUAGCAUAUCAUACUUUGACCUGAUUUGAUCGAUGACUAUAUGGUUUGGAAAUCAAAAUCUAUCUUGAUUGCCAGCUUUUUGUUUGACUUUGCAUCGUUUCACUCAAUCAAGGGUCUUGAGGCAGGAUCAAAUAUACAUAUCCGUUAUGCUGAUUUUGGUGAUACAAGGGCCGAACGGUGGUAUAUCUAGCACGAACGCUGUCGUUAUACACCACUGACAUUCCCCACUCGCUCACCCAUCCCUCGAACAUGACCUACGUCUCAAAUGAUCCCAGUUGGUGGCCGACAAUCAAUUCAAAUGUUCUUUUCAGCUAUUGGAUAGUUGUCUCCGGCAUCGUGGUGGUAUACGAUUGGGUCUUGACACUCGAACAAGAGGUUGAACUGAUCUGGAGACAACGCUGGUCUCUCAUGACUGUGCUGUAUUUGGUCAUACGCUACAUUGGAAUACCGUAUUCUGUUGCCAAAGUUCUGCCAAGUAUGAUAUGGGUCUCGCUGACAGAUGCAGUAAGCAAUAUUAUGUACUACGCAUUACAUGGCACAAGUAUGGUCGUAGGUGUCAUGUUGGGCGUCAUCAUGAUUGCUCGGUUGCAUGCAAUGUAUCAGGGAUCUAGCGCGAUUUUUAUCUUCCUUGUUAUCAUUUUCCUGGCUGUAAACAUCGCCUGCGGAGUAAUCGUGGCAAUAACACUGAAGGACACUGUAGGGGAGGAGUUGAUAAUCUCUGGCAUGUAUAUGUGCGACUAUGGAUAUGAAGGGGACACCCAGCUUCUUGUUUCAAUGGUUUGGAUCCUCAUCACUGUUUGGGAGGUCCUCGCACUGUGCCUUUCAGUCUGGAUUGCUGUGAAACACUUCUACGACCUGCGACGACUCGGCCCAUCGACAGGAUCAACUAUCGGGGACUGUUUCAGAGUGCUGAUGCAAUCUCAUGUGCUUUAUUUUGCGAGCUUUAUUUGUGUCUCUUGCCUCGAACUUACAAUUCCCUCUAUGGAGCUCAUGAAUCAAAAUUCUAUUGGAGCUCAGAUACUUUAUGGUGCUCUUCCGAUUUUAUCGGUCAUGCAGAUGUUUGUGCUGGGACCACGCCUCAUUCUUAGCGUUCGAGAAUACCACGGUGAACUCAUGGAAGACUCUGACGCAGAAACUAGCAUGAAUUCGAUUGUUUUCAAGGAGCGGGUACAUGUAUCCACUAGCAGUACUGUAUAGGGAAAUGCUUGCUGAGUGGUCUGCAGGGAGGAGAAAUUUGAUCGAGGAUCCGUGGUGGUAUCUAUUUCACAUAGUAAAUAGAAGGACCGAACACCCGCACAUACACAUGUAUCAACACCCGUCUCACCUUAAGUUGGUGUCACAGUCCGCGCUUCGGCCAGGACCAAUGAACAAGUCGCCCCACUUGUACACACGCACAUAAAAGUAAACAGUAGAUACAGCAUGUAUUGUCUACCAUAGGGCCUUGCCCCAACGGACAAAAAACAAG